CAGUGCUCAAUAAUUCAACAGCAACACAUUUGUCGCCCUCGUGUGGCACUACUCAGUGAGUCCUGGUAGUGACCAUCCUCUGUAGUUCUUUAUCUGGAAAUGCAUUAAAAGUCCUAGCAGCUUUUAACUCUGUUUCCCUCUGAAAAGGUGUGGAAAAGGCCUGUUUGGCUUUGUGCAGAGCCCCGUCCUGAGAUAUUGCUUAAAGCCAGCUAAGCCUAUGAGGAAGGUGCUCAGGCGUUAAUGUGGGUGUGCGGAUCCAGACGCCUUCAGCGUAGUUUCACAGCAAACCAAUCCAGAGGAGGCAAAACAGUCGGUCCUCUCAAGUCUGAACACAGCGCUUCAGGGCAAAAAGGGAGCCCACAUUCUUCAUGGUCAGCAUUUGACGAAUGCGAACAACGGGGCUGUGUCGCUUGGCUUAGAUUGUUUUCACAUGCCGAAUGAUACCUGAGGAGAAAUCUCCGAGACACAGCCCUCCUAAUCAGCGUUACCUGUGUCGGUGCCAUACUAGCGGGUUUAGCUAGCCAGCUCCAUCAGCUACAGCUGGCAGCGGCGAACAAAGAAGAAGAAGCUAAAAAACAAGAUUUUGAGAAGCUUUGCUUUCGCUUAACGUCUGCCUAGCGUUUGAGGAGAAAGUGGGCACACCAGAAACUGACAUGAUGUUUCCACAAUCCAGGCACUCAGCUUCAUCACAGCAGCUCAAAUUCACUACGUCAGACUCGUGUGACCGCAUUAAGGACGAGUUCCAGUUCCUCCAAGCACAAUAUCACAGUCUGAAGCUAGAAUGUGACAAGCUGGCCAGUGAGAAGUCAGAGAUGCAGCGUCAUUAUAUCAUGUACUAUGAGAUGUCAUACGGACUGAACAUUGAAAUGCACAAGCAGGCAGAGAUUGUGAAGAGAUUAAAUGCAAUCUGUGCUCAAGUCCUGCCUUACCUGUCUCCAGAGCACCAGCAGCAGGUCCUGGGGGCCAUUGAGAGAGCCAAGCAGGUCACCCCACCAGAGAUGAACUCCAUUAUCCGGCAGCUGCAGGCCCACCAGCUCUCCCAGCUGCAGGGUCUUGCCCUGCCCAUGACCCCUCUGCCUCUGGGGCUGAGUCAGCCAGCCGGUCUGCCUGCCGUCACAUCCAGCUCUGGCCUCUUCUCUCUCUCCAGCAUCCUGGCCUCACAGGCCCAGCUGGCCAAGGAAGACAAGAGCGCGCGGGACGCCUCAGACAGCCACCGCGAAGAGGAUGGAGACAAAUCCGACUAAACGACACCCUACUGUCAAUCCUCCAACGCUUACUGUACAGUGGAGGCUGUCUGUCUUUCUGCCUUUCUUUCUUUCUUUCUUUCUUUCUUUUUCUUUCUUUGGCACUCUACCUUGCUCCUCAUUGCUAUAAAUGGCGGUUGUGUUUUUGACCCAGUAUCAUUCAUUCCACAUCAUUCCACUAGCUUUAUAUUCACCAGUCCACCUUUAUUGAUGUAUGCAAGUGUUUUUUUUUUUUAUAUAUAUUUUUUUUAUUUUAUAGUUAUUUCUGUCUGAGUGUAUGUAUAUAUCUUUAUGUAAAGUAUAUUCCACAUUCUGCCUCGUUUCCGCAUGGCCAGCCUGCUCCACUGAGGCACCAUCAGUGUUUCGUUGACACAGUUUCUUCCCCUCCUUUCCUUCUGCUAAAGCGACUCUUCUUUAGCUCCUCCCACUUAAUUACAUUUAAAGGAACAAUCUGAAAUGAAUCACCUGUUAGAUGAUGGUAGUUAAGUCUUGUAAGGCUUGUAGUAGAGUUUGAGCUGCAGAACAUCUGUCUUUUUCUGCAGUCUUUAGAAUGGAUCUAGUGCUGCAGCUGUGAGUAGCAGUGGAACCAGUAGUAUGACUUAAAGAUGAGGCGUGAAAAAGUGACUUAUUGCUCCUUUAAAUGUUGUUUUUUGCUUUAAGGGAAUAUUAACUUAUUUUUCAACCUAAUCUUUAUAUAUUGCAUCUAUAUUGUACCGUCAAUUACCACAGACAGUGAUUUCAGCACAUUUCUCUGGACUCGGAAAAGAACAGAAAACGCACUGUGUAAACUCACAAUAGAAGCCAGUGGGCAGUUGCUGAAUUCUUUGAAUUUUAAAAACGUGACUUUAGCCCCUUUCACACUUUUAGGACAGGAAUUAAAUUUUAAAGGGGACCUAUUACGCUCUUUUUCAGUGUUCAUCAUUUUAUUUUACACUGUGUUGCAGUGCAUGCUGGGGACUGUAGUGCAUCUCGGGGUGAAAUGGUCUAAUAAAAAUACAAUUGAAAUAAUCUUGCGGGCCAAAUAGGACUGUAUCAUGGGUCUAAUUUAACUCUUGUGUUUUAGUCGUGGUCUAGGCUGAUCAGCUCGACUACAGGAUAACAGGCUUCUCGAGUAAUAUUCGUUUGUGCUGUGUUUGAGCGUUUACAUGUUGGUGGUAGACAAACAGUGGUGAACCGGGUAUUUCCAUAGUUUUAGAGGUGCAGCAGCCAAAAAAAUCUGCUGUUGAAGGGGGAGUGGCAGUGAAACUACCAUCCUUCCCAAAAUAUCAACAUCUGGCAAAAGUUGAGUAAAUGGAACGUUUUGAUAAACGAGUUUUCUGCCACAACUCAAUUGAAAAUGAUGGAAUAUCUAGUUUGCAUUUGUGUGUUUUACUGCCAAAGUGUAAAUGCAGAAUUUUGACUUUUUCCCAUCUUUUGCUUUUGCUCAGAGCAGUGGAAUAAACCGGAUAGUGAUUGUUUUUUUUUUUUCUCCAGCAACACAGACAGAGUGCUUGUACUUGUUCACAUACAUUCUGCACAUCAAUGAAAACACCCUGUUAGAAACAUUAGCAUGUGAUCAAAACACUUUUAGGAUAAAAUAGAGGUUAACACUAUCACCCAGCGCACAUGCAGAAAAGGCAGUAAUGCUUUCACAUUGGCAGCAUUUACAUGGUGUCAUGCCACCAUCAGCUGUGUGCAGUUGCCAGUUCUGCUAUGAGGCACGGAACAACAGUCUGUCAAUGCCAACAUGUAAGAGCAGCAUCAUCAGGCUUUACAUUGAAAUAUUUGUGAAAGGAUGCAUACAGAAUAAAGAAAACGUUAUAGAAGCUUCGAAUAGCAGUAUGUCAGCUAAACCUAGUGGGGGAAAUGAGUCACGUAACACCACCUACAUACAGAAUCUCAGAGAGAAUAGCAACAGUGUUCAGGUAAUAUCAUGUUUAGUUAUGAUCAUAUGAAGUGUUUUUCAUUGGGAAUUGGACAUUCAAAUACUAUUAUUUAAAAAAUUCAAUUCCUAGUGAUCAAACCUCACUGCUUGCUUUCUUUGCUCACUUCUGUUUCUCUUCUCUGAUUCACUAGACAGAAAAGCCAUUUGGAAAAACUCACAUUUCAUAAUUCAUAUUUUGCUGCUAACACCAAUUCAACACACUCAGACAAAAUACCACUUACAAGAACCAACUACAGGCACACACUCAACGACUGAUGGCCUCCAAUAGUUGGUUUAGUUUGGGUCCUAAUCAUGUAGGUUUUACAGUGAGUGAGACACAUGAGGGAAUGUUUUAGUAAGGCUGUUAAGGUUAAACCAGCUUUCAAACACUGGAGCAAUACAGUAAAAGAAAAGGCUGUUUGGGUUACUUUUUGUUUUCCCUGUGGAUUUCUGGUAUCUAUGGAGAUCAGACAGGAAAAUUCUGUCUUCACUGCUAUGCUACUAAUGAAUUACAUUUUUUUUCCACUGAAAGAACAAUUUGAAGAAUUUGAAAUGAAAAGAGCUCAAAUUGAAAAUGGGGUGGGGGGGAUAAAUAAAUAAAUAAAAAUACAUAUUGCACAUAAAUGGGCCACCAAAUUCAGCAGCUGCCCCUUGGCUUCUAUUAUAAUCGUGAUUUGAGUCAUGAUGUUUUCUGUUGUUGUGUAUGUACAGCUGAUCACUUUGAAAUAAUUGUCUGCGGUAAUUGACUGCGCCACACAUGCGGCAGGUAGAGAUUAAGUUGAAAAAGCUUUAAACUGCUGCUGUUGGAGCAAAACCUCAUCUCCAUUUUAAGCGUUUUUUGUUUUUUGGCAUAAUUUGAAAAUGAAAAUGCCUGUUGUUCUUUAAUACUGUGUGUAAUAUUCCCAAUGAAUCGACCGAAAGUAAUGGCCCACAGGUACUUGGGAGAAAAAGUCUGGUUCCAUUGACUUGCAUUAAAAGUAAAGCAUGUUUUUUCAUUCUUCCAUAAAGUUAUUAUUUCGGAGAUACAAGAUUUUGUUUUGUCAGCAGCAAAACAUUCCUUAAAAUAUGGGAUAGGCAUCAUUUCUAGAGUGAGGGAUUCUAGGUUGCAGAUACUGAAGAUCUAACUAACCUGAACAGAGACAGAAUAGUGGUUUGAUCCCUCUUUAUAUACAUUUACAUGUUUAGUUGUUUUCUAAUACUAUGAAAGUCUUUCUCCUGUCUUAGACAGAGAGCAUUUUAGAUAGCAGCGCUAAGAUGCUAACCGAGCAGCUCACCCAUUCACCAAGUGAAAGGGAACACUGUUUAAAACUGAUUUUUUUUUUUUUUAUGGUAUUAUCUGUUGCUGUCCAAUUGGUAAGAAACCUGUUUAUGUUGUUUUCCUUACAGAUAAGUUGUGAGAGAAAUGAUGUGUGGUGGAAAAAAAACUUAUUUGAGAUACAAGAAGCACCUUCUCUAAGCAGCUUUCUCCUCUUAGAUGGAUGUAAGCACUAAAAAAAGGCAUGUGCAGAAGUGCAUGAUGGAUGAGGCCCCAGGAUCCUCCAUUUUAGUGACUAAAACGUAGAGCACACUGUUGUUUUCGGGCAAACUAGUAAUAUUUUACAACAGGGCUGCACAAUAUGGAGUAUUGUGGCUGUGCUGCGAUACAUCUACUGUAUGUUAAAGUGGGUUUUUUAUUUUUAAUCUGCAUGAUUUAAAUGGGUAAGAUGUAAGUAGAGUCAUUCAGAGUGGUUUGGUGUUAAAUGCUGUUUUAGAGACACUCAGAAUUGUUCAGAGGUGAUAGGAACCGGAUGUCUAAAGAGUUUCAUGACUCUUAACAGCUUAAUCACAGAGGGUUAUUACCUGAAAUGCUUAUGUAUAUGCUGAUAGAUGCCUGAGAAACUGUUUUAUGAUAAUUUUGAGACGUUUUUGGCCCAACUUGGCCACUAUUUUACCAUUAUCAUUACAUAUAAAAUCUCAACAGACACGUGUAGGUUCACUGUUGAGUUUUGACUAAUUAAAAUGGCUAUAACUACAUUGUGACCCUUGGUUCUCAUCACCACCAUUGUAAAGAAAUCAGUCAUGAAGUUUUUUUAUAUUGAACCAUUUCACUUCAAACCACUCUAACUCACUUUCUUUACAUCUCAACUAUUGAUUUAUGCAAAAAUGUUCAAAAAUUUGUGGAAUUCUCUCUUAAAAAUUCAUCACAUUUUGACCCAAAUGGUUUACUUUUGCCUGAUUACAUCAAUACCCUGAUUGAUCAGAACGCAUGUCUGUGCCUGUGAUUGGUCAGGAUGCUCACAGCACACAGAAAAUCAUUCUGGUUGGUUAGCGGGUUCAUUUGCAUAUUGCAGCCUCCUGCAGUAUGAACACUGCAAAGGCUGAUAUGUAGUAAAGAUUAGCAAGCGAUGUAUUGUGCAGCCUUGCUUUAUAAUAAGGCUUGUUUAUAGAUUAUUAUAAAUGCAGUAGGUGGAUAUAAAAGCAACAUUUUUUCAAGGUCAGAUCUUUUUUUUUUUUUCUUCUUCAUCUGUUGUGCCAUUUUGUCCAUGCUGAAGUUUUCCCUUUUGACCAACAGGGGGCAGUAAGCUUGCAGCGAGUUAGCUCUGUUACAGCCAUGAUCUCUCUUCUGAUUUGGAAUCCCUCCCUUUUCUAUUUUAAGCUGCUCUGAUGGUCAUUACACAAGCCUUUUUUUUCCCACAAAAUGUCCCCUACCUCUCCUGAACAAGAAGAUUAAUGGUGCGUCUGAAUGAAAUGCACAUUUAUCCAAUCAGCUCUGCGUGAGCUGCUUAGGUAAGAGUGAGAAAAAAAAGCCAGAACGAUUUGUGAAUUAAUCCAAUUUAUGUGAUGGAUAACCUGCAGUCAAAUUUUGUUUGCUAAUAGAUUGUGUUGCACAACCAACCUGAAGUACAGAUCACUCCACUUAAGUGUUACAGGGCCUCAGUGCAAGAACAGGUGUACUGCUCCAGAGCUUAAUUACAGGACAUCACUGUGAGUUUGUUGUCCCCCCCCCCCACCCCACCCCCCCAACCAAUUAUGUCUUUUAAUGAGCGAAUUACUGUUGAUCGCAUUCCUGAAGGGAGGAAUAUAUAUAUUUUUUUUUUUUUUAAAUAUUGGAACCUGAACCCAAAUUUCAUUCAUGUUGGACUUCAGAUGUGAUCCUCACACUUGAGGACAGACGGCCUAGGCAUGUUCAUAUACUGUUUGUAUAUGGACUCUCAGGCCAUCUGCUCCAGUCUUCACAGCGUACAGUGGCAGUACCAAUGUAUACUCUUUUUUUUUUUUUUCUUUUCUUUUCUUUUUUUUUAAACAAUGCUGACUAUUUUCAGGUACAUCUCGUGCGAGUUAGCUUGUGACAUUUAUUGUAUUAAUGACGUCUGCCAUGUUUUGUAAACAUAUAGCUAUUCUUUCACUUUGUUGUAAUCAUGUUGGUGCUUUAGAUCUGUCUUUAAAUGUCUGUAUAAAUGGUGAUUUUUGGAUCCAACAUGUAGAAAAGUUCCCAUUUCUCAAGCUGUACUUGGAGGUUUGAACAUCGCCUGUGUCUUUGCAAAUACAUGUCAGGGCAUAGGCGGUUUCUUAAAGGGGAACUCCACAGAUUUUUCAGAACUGCUGCAUGAUUUUGUUCAUGAGAUGUAAACAAAAUCAUUUGUGGUGUUUUGAUGUGAAAUGGUUCAUUCAAACUAGGGGUCAUAAAGUCUACAACACAAAUAACUAUCGUUAUUAUUAUUUAUUCAUUUACUGUCCAAGAAGUGAACCUUUUUAGGGGUGUAACGAUGCAUAAAAUUCACAAUUCGGUUUGAUACCAUACAAUGGCAUUCUUGAUUUUGAUACAUUUUUCAAUAUAGCAGAAAUUAUCAAUGGCUAAAACAUGCCUUCUGUUAAUGUCUUCAGACAGUUCAACAUUAAAAGUACAAUAUUGGAAACGAAAGUACUGAGGCACUAGCUACAAGCUAACAUGCUACAGUGCGAUAUAUAUAUAUAUAUAUAUAUAUAUAUAUAUAUAUAUAUAUGUGAUGCAUACAAAACAAACAAAAAAGUUUUCUGAGGACAUUCAUUGAGCAUAUUCAUAACCAUUAGUUUAAGGCAGCUUUCAGUAGCUGUUAAACUCUUCAGACGCCUGGUUCCUAUCACCAUCACUAUGGACAGUUCUGACUUCUUGUAGAAGGGGAAAAUUCCAUGUCAAAUCACUCUUAAUAAUGUAAUUAUUCAAAUGUUUAGAAAAAUAGGUGCAGUUCCCCUUUAAUGAGUUUCUUAGAAGGACAGUGCACAUUGGGCCUCAUUCACCAACCGUUCUUAAGAGGAAAGUUCUUCUGAAAACCCACUUCACAAAGAUUCUGACAUUCACUAAUGUUUUCUUAUCUGGGAUUUGUCCUUAGAGAAGAACAGAAUCCACACACACUCAAGAGCACAAAGUUGUGAACAGUUCUGUGGUUUAAGUCAAGUCGAGAGUAAAGAGCACGUCGUGAAUCCGACGUAGACUUUUCUUAGGACCUUUAACAAGAACACAUUUAAGAAAAGAUUUUGGAGAAUGAGGCCCAACGUUUCAACAUCAUCUCAACAGGCACAAUAAGGUAAAUUUAUUGUGGUAUGGCAUCAUCAGAACCUUUGCUCCAUGAAUGAAUUUUGUCUUAAGUGAAGACUUUCUGGGUGAUUUCAUCAUAAAAUAUUUCAAGAGCGUGUUGAGUGAUGGGUGGGAUAUUAAAAAAUGAAGGUGAUGUCCCUGAUUUUAAUAGGAUCUAGUUGUGCUACUGCUGGAGAAGAUGACGUGCCAGUCUAUACCCUCCACUGCAAAACUACCACCGUGCAUGAGUGUGCUUUGCUACAUGUGCUCACGUUCCAGACUACUUCUUCAGCGAUGCUGUCUUCUUUUCUUUUCUGAAAUGCCUGCUGCCAGCGUGUUUGUGUGAGUAGUUGUUAUCCUGAGAAGUCAAACGAUGAGAUUCAGAUCCAGACAGUUGAAAUGUAUGUGCUGUAUGUGUCUCAUGGAGGCCGUCAGCGACAGUUGAUGUGUACCGUUCUACAGGAAACUAAAGCUUUAUGUGUUGGUGGAUAAAUCUGUGUUUUGAGAGAUUCUGGACUUACAACUGACCUGUCCGUGCUCCGCCUACAAACGUGCUCCUUCAUACCAACUGUUGCAAGGUUGGACAAGCGUUACAGAACAUGAGCAAAAAUCCUGUUGACCCUCAUGAGAAAUUGCAAAAAUAUGCAAGUUAUUGAGCAACGUUUAGAGUUGAUACACUGUGCUAAAUGGAUGAUGUUGUAGCCAAUCAGCACCAAGCAGGUUGGAAUCAACAACACUAGAUUACACAACAAAUCAUUUCAGUCAACUCAAAAUCAGUUUUUUAUUUGACGAAAACUGAGUCGCAGUGUCUCAUUAUGCUCAGUGGCCUUUUUGCCGUAUGUUCUCUAAAGCUUGUCCAACCUAGCAACAGUUGCUAGAGAAGAGCACAUAGGGGAGCACCCCCCACUCCGCCUCUCCCCUGAUCAUUGCUUGCCCUUUGCUUGGUCAUUUGCAUAAAGCAUUGUAAGCAUUUUGAGCUUUGUAAAGGUCAUUUUUUAAGAACUUUUAUUUUCUGUAUAUUGUACAACCUAAAGUGCAAAAAUAACUGUGUUAUACAAUAGCUUAAGGAUGAAAUAUUAACACAAAAAAAAUAACAUUUUACUCUAGAUAAAUGGAUAUUUCUGCAGUAAGGAAAUGCUUCUGGUGCCUUACAAAUAAAAUCAAUCAGAUCAGUGGAGAAAAUGAAA